GGUCCCUUAGCUUUCCCCCUCUUCUAUUACUCUGAUUUUCCUUCAACCCGUCCGAUUUCGUUGGCUUCUCUAGUGCGAGCUAAUUCUCGUCCAUCCGUCAUCGUCGAAGCUCAUACUGCGGCUUUGUUUUGCUUGUGGGCAUAUCUAAUCAGCCUUGCAACUAUGAAACUCCUUCAGAAACCCCCACGAUAUGUCACCGCUAGUAUAUUGUGCUCCUGUGGAGGACUUCUCUUCGGGAUGGACACAGGCAUUAUUGGUCCCGUAACGGUCAUGGAGAGUUUCACUUCACGAUUCGGAAGCCAAUCUGCAGUGAUCCACGGUUUGAUCGUAUCGUCUAUUCUUAUCCCUGCCGCAAUCUCCUCCUUUUUAGCGGGGUACCUAGCAGACAAACUGGGAAGACCAAAGGGCAUCAGUAUCGGUGCCUUGAUAUUCGGAAUCGGAGCGGCCCUUGAGGCGGCGGCUAUCAAUAUCGGCAUGUUCAUAGCGGGACGAUGCAUUGAGGGCAUCGGAGAGGGCUUAUACCUUGGGACAUUGGUGGUCUAUAUCUGUGAGAUUUCGCCUCCCAACGUCAGAGGAGCUCUGACCACCGGCCCCCAGCUUCUCAUCACAUUGGGCUUGGUGGUGGGGUUCUUCACAUGUUAUGGAACUGCGCGCCUCGAGUCCUCCUUCUCAUGGCGUACUCCAUUCUUGAUCCUUGCUUGCCUGGCGGUUGCUUUCUCUGUUGCUUCUUUUCUUUGGCUGGUUCCAUCGCCGCGAUGGUUGACUAUCCACGGCCGUCGAACAGAGGCUACCGCCGCCUGGGAUUAUUUGGGGGUUAGCCAGGCGGAACGUGAGAAGGCCGAGAUCGAGCAGGACCGGGUUCUUGCCACUGAAAUUGCAAGCAUUACUAGCAGGGAACGUGCUCCAUCGGUCUCACAGGCUCAGAGCAAGUCAGCCAAGGACAAGAUUUUUGACCUCUUUUCCAAAGAUGUUCGGGCACGAACCAUCCUGGCUGUGUUUCUCAUGGGAAUGCAACAACUGAGCGGGAUUGAUGGCGUUCUUUAUUAUGCUCCUUUAUUGUUCGAGCAGGCAGGGCUUGCCUCUUCAUCCGCAAGUUUCUUCGCUUCCGGCGUCUCUGCAAUCGUAAUCUUCGCGGUCACUAUUCCUGCACUCAUAUGGGCCGACAGAUGGGGUCGUCGACACAGUAUCAUUUAUGGCGGUAUCGGCCUUAGCAUUACGAUGUUGCUGAUAGGAGGUCUGUAUGCGGGCCAGGCAGUUCACAGCUCAACUGGUGCAGGGCGAUGGGUAGUCAUUGUCAGCAUCUACAUCUUCGCCGUGAUAUUCUCCUUGAGUUGGGCCGUCGGCAUCAAGAUCUAUGCAGCAGAGAUACAGCCGCAAAGGACUCGCGCCUCAGCAACCAGCUUGGCCCAUGGUAGUAAUUGGGCGGCCAAUUUUCUAGUGGCACUUGCCACCCCAGUAUUGCUCUCGCGGAGUAGUUAUGGUGCUUACUUUCUUUUCGCGGGAUGCACACUUAUCACGACGUUUGUAUGCGCGAUCAUGAUGCCGGAGACCAAGGGCAAAUCGCUCGACGAAAUCGAGGAGGCGUUCAAAUCCAAGUCUGUGGGAUCACGGUCAUUCCUGAAAGUCCUUCGUCCACUUACCCGCUCCAAUUCUUAAGAGGGUUGAAGUUCGACACAUUGAGGACUUGAAGCUUGGAGAACUGGCUCGGUCUGUGCACCUGUCGCAACUUGCAACAGAUCCAAGUAGUGGGGCAAUACAUUUCAUGGCCGAUAAGAUAAACAAACAGAGCGGAGCGGGGAUCGGAGCAAGUGACAGUGAC